AUGCCGAUGGUACGUGUUGCUACAAAUUUGCCAGAUAAAGAUGUACCGGCUAAUUUUGAAGAAGAUUUUGUUAAGGAACGUCUUACCGACAUAUUAGCCGAUUCUAUGAAAAAACCAAAGGCUAGGAUCGCUAUCGAAGUUAUGGCGGGCCAAAGAAUAACUCAUGGAGCCAGUCGUAAUCCCGUCGUACUUAUCAAGGAACGGCUCACCGACAUAUUAGCCGAUUCUAUGAAAAAACCAAAGGCUAGGAUCGCUAUUGAAGUUAUGGCGGGCCAAAGAAUAACUCAUGGAGCCAGUCGUAAUCCCGUUGUACUCAUCAAGAUAGAAGCCAUAGGUGCAAUGUCACCUGAGGAUAACAUUCGCCAUACACAGAAGGUUACCGAGAUGUGUCAGGAAGCUCUGAAAUUACCGCAAGACAAGGUGUGA